AUGGCUUCCCCACUCAAGGCAGCCCACGUAUGGCUCUUCGACACGAAUCCCAAGGCAGGCGUGGCGGACCGACUCGCGGACCAGGUCAUGUACGGCACGCUGAACGCAAUAGGCGACACCCUCGCCCAAACUUUCUUCUCCUCGUCGCCGUUCGACCCGGCGAGAACACUGCGAUUCUGGCUCUUUGGCGUCGGGAUCGCUCCCCUCGCCUUGCUGUGGAACGCCUACCUCGAGCGAAACUACCCUCUCCGACCGACCUCGUCCGUCCCUCACCCCGAAGAACCCGUCCCUCUCGAAUCGAUCCAAAUCCACUCUUCCUCCUCCACACACUCUCGCUUGUCCUCACUCCAAACAAACGGCGUCGGUCUCGACGACAAAGCCUCGAAACUCGCGCACCAUCGGCGGAAAUCGAGUGUGGGCGUUCAGGCGGUCGAGGCGAUGCCGCGCAGCCCGUUGUUGGGUGGUCAAGAGGCGGUAGGCGCCAAGGAGGAUGCGGUGCCGAGUGUGGACAAGGUGGUGCUCGCGCGACGAGUCGGGGUCGACCAGAUCAUCAUGGCGCCCAUCUCCUUCAUCGUCUUCCUCGUCGCCAUGGGCCUAAUGGAGUUCAAAUCCCCUUCUCAAAUCUGGCUCAAGAUCCAACGCGCCUUCUUCGCGAUCCUCUGGACAAACUACAAAGUCUGGCCGUUCAUCCAGGUCGUCAUGUUCCUCUACGUGCCGCUCAAGUACCGCGUGCCGUUGAGCGGGUGCAUCAACGUCCUCUGGACGGUGUACCUGAGCUGGGAGACGGCGGUCAAGACGAAGUAG